CUCAUGUGUUGCAGUUCGGACAAUCGGCUGAUCUGCACAGCACCGAAUGUAUAAAAGCACAUGCACGAGACAAAAUAUGCAUUCUACACCACAAUCGGCUGAUCUGCAAUGGGCAGCCUCACACUCAGCACAGCAAAAAGCGCUGUGCAUCAUGAGGUGACAUCCACUUCUGUGUCAUUCCGCGAGCACGUAACACACACGAUGAGUGCAGGCAUUCCCUCUCACUCCGUCAGUACAGAGCUUGAGGUGCUGCUCCCCGACCAGCCUGAGAAGCCACCCUCAAGCCUGACAUUCCAACCGCCCUGGCCACUCUGAACGCACGGCCCACAGUACAACACCGAAGGCCGGCCACAGGAGCUAGAGGACGUCUCGCUGAACACCGCAGCAUGCAUGAUAGCCAGCCACAAAAAGCGCACACAGAGGAUGGACAACCAGGUACGAGCAACACACGCACUUCGCUAUCUGUCAUUCCGCGAGGACAGAGCAUGACGUUGUGCCCCCCGACCAGACAGGCGCGACAGGCGCAACAGUGACCGAGAACGAUCCUUGACCGGCCUGGCGGCACGACCCACAGUGCCAUGCCGAAGGCCCCGCUCCACAGUGUGGGCAUUUCACGCUCGUCACGCCCUUUUCCACCAUCUCGUCCUUCACGGACCCCCCCAAAGCGCGACACCGGCCGCAGCAGCUGCUGAAUAUCGAUGCGAUGGUACAGCCCCGCUGGCUGCUGCAGAUGAGCCUCUUCUUCUCACAUCCCAGGAGGAUGCCGAGGGAUUUCACGUCUGCGUUGAGCGCCUUGAUAUGCUCCUCCACUGCUUUCUUCUGGGCGUCCGCCGUCUGGUUGAUGGUCGUCUUCUCGAGCUCGCCCAGUUCGCAGUGGAUCAUGUCGAUGUUCUCCUUGAACUUGCCCAACACCUGCAGGCACACCGUAGGCAAGGGCAAAUGGAUGCAUGCGACUUUGGUCCACUCGUUGGCGACACGUGCUGACCUCCAGGGAGUCGCCGCACCCGCCAUAGUGGCCCCAGUUCUCGCAUGCGGACAUCAUCGCCGUGUUGAGCCUUUUCAGGUCGGCGGAGGUCUUGCACUGAUACCAGAUGUUGUCCUUGAAGGGAUCGGCUGUGAUGACGUUCAGCUUGGCCUCGACCACGUGACCGUCGAUGAAUGCCCCCACGGGCGUGGUGACGUUGCUCCACGUGACGACGAACGUGCCAUUGUUGAAGCUUGUAUUGGCCCUCUGCCCCACAACGACGUUCGUGUUUGCUGCCCUCUUCUGGUCAAUGCGCGUGAUGAUCUCACUGUUGACCUGCACAAGAGCAACCACAGCAAGAGGGGAUGGCAGGGACAUGCAUGGCGGACUCCAUCCGUUCUCUCUCACCUUCUGGCGGUCUCGUAUUGUCGUCAACAGGCUGUUGGCUUGCUCCUGCCUCACAGCGAGACAGUUGCACAUAUUGCCUGAGGCGCGGUCAGCCAUUCUGGACGAAGAUCUGCC